AUGUCGACAACAAAUUUUAGUACAGGCGGAACACAGACGAUAACAUUUCAAGAACUGUUAUGUUCUCACUCUUUGGUGGGUAGGCUUCAACAAGAAUCACUUUCUUUCGCAGCACUCAACAUUCUCCUCUCCAUCACAGCAUUUGUUGGCAAUUCUCUCAUCCUUGUUGCCCUUCACAAAGACUCUUCCCUUCAUCCGCCGUCCAAACUCUUGUAUCGUUGUCUGGCAACAACUGAUCUGUUGGUUGGUCUUGUAAGCCAGCCCCUCUCUGCUUCAAGCUGGAUGCUUAGUGCUCACGAACACUGGAUUCCUUGUCGAUACGCAAGUACCGCGACCUUUAUCACAAGCCACGUAUUAUGUGGGGUGUCUUUGUUGACAAUGACGGCCAUAAGCGUGGACAGACUUCUCGCCUUGUUAUUGGGGCUGAGAUACAGACAAAUUGUAACUUUGAAGCGCACAUAUAUCGUUGUCGUUACCUUCUGGGUUCAAUCCAGUGUGGCUGCUUUAUGUUACGCGUUAGAUUACCGUAUAGCCAAUUGGUAUGGCCUUACAGUUGUACCAUUAUGCUACGCUAUCUCAAUUGUGUCGUACACGAAAAUCUUUUGCGCUCUAAGUCAUCAUCAUGCACAAAUACAAGAUCAUGUUCACCCAAAUGCAAUGAAUACCACACAAUACAAAAAGGCAGUGUACAAUGCAUUGUGGGUUCAGUUGGCGUUAGUUGUUUGUUAUUUGCCGUAUGGUUUCGUGGAAUUUAUGAUCAGACAAAGCAAAACUUAUUCAUCGCACCUAGUCAUCAUAGGGGGUGUAGCAGGCACAUCAACUUUCUUAAACUCAACGUUAAAUCAGUUUCUUUACUGCUGGAAAAUAAGUGAAGUGAGACAAGCAGUAAAGCAAACGAUCAGAGAAGCAUUUAGCUGUCAAUAA